GUGGAAGCAUGGCGACGUCGGAAUGCCACCGGAGACAGGCCCGCUCAACGUCUUCGUCGGCAAGCUGCCGCCCGACCUCCAUGACAACUACAUCCGCGGCCUCCUGGACCGCGUGGGCACGGUCGUGGCCUGGAAGCGCACGACGGACCCAAUCUCGGGCAAGCCGAAAGGCUUUGGCUACUGCACGUUCAGCGGCGGCCUCGACGUCAUUCGCGCGCUGAAGCUCCUCGACGGCUUCUCGAUCGACUCGAAGAACAUUUUGCUCAAGGUCGACACGACGACGCAGGCGCGGCUCGACGAGUACUGGAACGCGAUCCCGAUUGCGCUGCGCAUCGAAGAGGAGCGGAAGAACGAGCGCGUGGCGGAUAUCCUCCAGCGCCUCUACGAAGAGCGCAGCUCCCUUCAUGGCGGCUACAACAAUGACAUUGCGUCGUGGGGAGACCUCGUGAGCGUCGACGCGCCCGAAGUCAAGGAGCAAGUGCGCGGAGGUAUGAUCAUGAACGAAGUCGAAAAGUUCCGCCUCGCGCAGGAGGAGCGCACGCAGCAACUCGAAGCCAAGCGACUCAAGAUGAUCCAAGAGCGACUUCGACAAGAAAAGGAAGACAAGGAAAAAGAGGCAGUCGUCGAGGCAACGACGGCUGCGACGCCGCCCGCGCCGGAAGAGAAGAAGCCCGAGCGCGACCGGUCCCGAUCCACGGGGCGCCGAGACCGCCGGGAUCGGGAUCGCAGGGACAGUCGCCGCCGGUCGCGUAGCCGCAGUCGAGAGCGCACGCGCACGCGUCGGUCGCGGUCCCGAAGCCGCGACCGGCGCCGUGACCGCCGCAACAGCGCCGAGGACUCGCCGCGCCCAAAGCCGACCAAGGAACCCGAGCCAGCGCCCACGCCGGCGGCCCCCGCCUCAGUGCCACCGCCGCCGCCGCCACCGCCGAAGCCCUUCGCGCCGCUCAAGAAGAUUGAGCUCAAGCUGAGCGCCAAGAAGGAUCCGAAAGACGCCAAGGCGACCGGCGCAGCGGCGUCGACCCCCGUCUUUGCGGUCGAAGACGACGCGGAACUCAAGCCCCAGCGGGCGUACGUCCCGUUGGACUACUCGGAGGAAGAGCGUCGCGCCGCGCUCAUUGACGCUCAAGUUGCGCGGUCCAUCGCGCGCAUCAACAGCCGCACGAACGACCCCAAGAGCAUCGUCGAGCGCAUCCCCAAGGACACGAAGGGGCUCUUCAAGUACCCGCUCGACUGGGCCGCGGUCGACAAGCAUGGCGUCGUAUCCGCCAAGAUGGCGCCGUGGGUCGAAAAGAAGGUGGCCGAGUACCUCGGCGAGGCGGACGCGGCGCUUGUCUCGUUCAUCGUGACGCAGCUCACGGGCCAUGCGAGUCCGUCAACGCUCAUCGAUGGUCUCUCGCCCGUGCUGGAGGCCGACGCCGAGCCGUUCGUCGUGUCGCUCUGGCGCCGGCUCGUCUUUGAGGCCAUCUCGGCCGACGUCGGUCGCAACUAAGACGCUAAGACGCUUCUAUUUGAAUUUACGCACGUCC